AUGACAUCUUCAUCAGCAUCAUUAUUUAAAGAACGUGCAAAUUUUCUUAAACGACAAGGGGAUGCAUUAGCUUUUACUGCAUCAACGGAAAAACGUCCAAAAACUGAGAAAUCAUCAUCACAAAAAACGAAUCGACCAAAACCGACAUUUGGUCGAUCGAAAACAUCAUCAGAUUUUACAAAUGAUUAUCAUGCAUCAAAUGCUUCUUCAAAAUCAAGAUUUUUAACACUAACAAAUAUUGUCGAAAAAUUACAAGAACGUUUUCUUGGUGGGCAAACUGAUGCAAUAACAUUAGAUGAAAUAAUAGAAGAAUCUAGUCUUAUAAUUGAUCCAUCGGAUAAACAUUGGCUUGCUUCUGAAGCACUUUUAUCAAAUGAAAAAAUUGAUGUUAAAAAAGUCGAUGACACGAAUAAAUUUGUAUAUAAGCCGCCACUUGAUUUAAAAGCUCCAAAAAAAGUACAUCUUCUUAAUCUUUUAAAAUCACGACAUGAAAGAUGUGAAGGUGCUGUAACUGUUGAUGAUGUAAGAGAUACAAUACCAAAAGCAAGAGCUGAUAUUAUAAUUGAAAGUUUAAUAAAAAGUGGUGAUGUUGUCAAAGUAACGAGUAAUAAAAAGGAAAUUUUAUUUUAUACUGAUCGUGCUUAUGAUCUUCGUGUUAAUCCAGAAUUUAUUGAAUCAUGGAGAAAAAUAUCAGUCGAAGGUUUAGAUGAUAAGAAGAUUUGGGAAUUUCUUGAUAAUCAAGGGCAUUAUGGUUUAACAAAGAAUGCACCACGGCUAACUCAAUUACCAACAAAAUCAUCGAAGCGUGGAGGUCGACGUGCAGAUACAAUGAAACACAAUCAACAUGUUGCUCAUCAACUCGAAGAUUAUUCCAAUACAACAAUCAAAAAAUAA